AUGCAAGAUAUCAACUGUCCACUUAUGAACUUAGAUCCGCAGAUACCAGCGAAAGCCUCAGCACUGUAUACGGAUGCGGCUUGGAACAACACAUCACUGGCAGGAGGACUAGGAUGGGUAAGCACAAAAGCUGACGGCUCGGUUCUGUUCAAAGGAACUGAGGAUCGUCGAAAUGUAGCUUCAGCGCUCCUGGCAGAAGCGAUGGCUCUAAAAACAGCACUCUCGGAAGCUGUCUCUCAUUGUAUAACAGACAUAAUAUGUUUCUCAGAUUCUAAGUGUCUAAUUGACCUCAUCACAGGAAAGAAAACUGUGGUGGCUCUGCAAGGAUUACUCCAUGACCUCGGCGUGUUGAGUGACUCUUGUAAAUCUAUCUCCUUUUGUUUUAUCCCUCGGGGCCGCAAUAAAGUCGCAGACUCUCUUGCUAAAAAUGCCAUGUUUCAUAUGUCUAACAACCCGUGUGGAGUUAGCCACUCUGUUGUAAACUCUGUUACUUAA